AUGCCAAACUGGGGCGGAGGAGCAAAAUGUGGAGCCUGCGAAAAGACAGUCUACCACGCAGAAGAAAUCCAGUGCAAUGGAAGGAGUUUCCACAAGACCUGCUUCCAAUGCAUGGCCUGCAGGAAGGCUCUCGACAGCACCACGGUGGCAGCUCACGAGUCAGAGAUCUACUGUAAGAUCUGCUACGGGCGCAGGUAUGGCCCCAAGGGGAUCGGGUACGGACAAGGCGCCGGCUGCCUCAGCACGGACACAGGAGAACACCUGGGCCUCCAGUUCCAACAGUCCCCAAAGCCUGCACGCUCAGCCACCACCAGCAACCCUUCCAAGUUCACCGCAAAAUUUGGAGAGUCAGAGAAGUGCCCCCGAUGUGGGAAGUCAGUCUAUGCUGCUGAGAAGGUGAUGGGAGGGGGCAAGCCUUGGCACAAGACCUGUUUUCGCUGCGCCAUCUGUGGGAAGAGUCUAGAGUCCACGAACGUCACUGACAAAGAUGGGGAACUUUACUGCAAAGUUUGCUAUGCCAAAAAUUUUGGCCCUACAGGUAUUGGGUUUGGAGGCCUAACACAACAAGUGGAGAAGAAAGAGUGA